GUUUUCUAUUCUACAGUCUAUGUGAUGAACAAUGGCUGUUUUCUACAUUUCAUAUUUUAUAUUGCUAUUCGUUUGUUGUUUCUCGGACGCUCUUGAAGAUGAGUCAGUGUUCUCAAAAUUGAAAUAUGACAAGGAAAUGCUGGAGACAAUGGUUAGAAUGGAAGCUAGAAUGAAGAAAUGGGACAAAGAAAGAAAAAUAUUCGAAGAGAAUGUCAUGUCUAUCUUGGAGCAUCGUAGAGAAGAAAUGCAAGAAUCGUUUUCUGCCCAAAACGAAAAGUUACAGAGGAUGUUUGAGGACUACAACGAGAUACGUAAUGAACUAGCAAACACGACUAGUGGUCUGGAGGAGUUAGUUGGAACACUAGGCGGCAAGCAAAAGGUUGCAUUCAACGCAUAUACAACCUCCGGCGGAAGUUACAAUGACAGUCAGAAGAUUAUAUUUCCUCAUGUCCUUCUAAACGCAGGCGGUGGAUAUGACAAUAUCACCGGAGACUUCACGGCACCUACUGCUGGCUUAUACUAUUUCGGCGCACACAUCUGCCAUCAAAAUGCAAAAUACAUGGUUGUCUCAAUCGUCCAUGAAGGCAAAAAAAUUGCGCUUACAACUGAGUAUGAAGACCUUAAACAUAGUUGUAGCUCUGUAAGCGCCCCGGUUAUAAUGAAAACUGGCGAAAAAGUGUUUAUUCAGUGUUCGUAUGGACUUAGCGAGAUGUACGCAGAUACAAUAUACAGAUGGCCUUCCUUCACUGGUGUGCUUGUGAAUAACUGAAAAUCAAAUCACACUGGUCAAAGUUUAACUUUUGUGUCUAAUUGACAAUACUUAUAUUUCAAAUUUUCCUAGAUAAAUAUACCAUUGGAAAAGUGAACAUUUUUUUUACUAAGUUUUGUUUUUAUAUCUUGAUUAAACUUAAUGUUUUGA